UGUAGCUUAGCUGCGACAUGGCGGGGUUUCGAGAAGUUGGUCGGCAACAUUUCCCGCUAGAGAAUAUUCCGUCUAUUGUGAGAUUAUUCAAGCAGCAGUUAGAAAGUUCAUCUGAACCUGACUUGGCUCUGUUAUCCAUCGUUGUUGGAGCAGUUGAGAAUUCGUUGACAUGCAGUAGAACGUUUACUGUGCAGAAGGAAACAGACACGUUGGGUGAACCCAAGCUACCCGCUGUCGAGUAUCAUAUAGCUGAAGCCUUGUAUUCAAAGUUUCAUGCAAUAAUCAAAGGUGCUGUGGACUUAACACAGUACAGCGGUAGCAAGUAUGCUACAAGAGAGCUUGUUAAGAAGGUAUCGGAUGUAGUUUGGAAUUCAUUAACAAGGAGUUACUACAAAGACAGGGCCCAUUUACAAAGUCUCUACAGUUACCUGACAGGAAACAAGUUAGACUGUUUUGGAGUGGCGUUUGCAGUAGUGGCUGGCUGUCAAGUUCUUGGCUAUCAAGAUGUUCACUUGGCAUUGUCUGAAGACCAUGCAUGGGUCGUAUUUGGGGAGGGAGGGUCGCAAACGGCAGAAGUCACAUGGCAUGGAAAAGGGAAUGAAGAUAAACGUGGUCAGCCCGUAGGCCCAGGCAUGAGUUCAAGGUCAUGGUUAUAUGUGAAUGGUUGCCCCGUAAUUUGUACGAGGCCCAUGGAGGUGGCAGCCCUAGUGUCAGCCAUCAAUCCAAGUUUAAGUGCGACGAGUGAUGCAAUGGAAGUUGCACUGCUUCAGCAAGAACUUCUUUGGCUUCUUUAUGAUCUGGGUCAUCUUACACGUUAUCCAAUGGCUAUUGGAAACUUGAGCGACUUGGAAGAAGUGAGUCCUACACCGGGACGUCCUCCAUGUUCCACCUUAUUUCAAGAAGCAGCCAUCUCAGCAAGAACAUAUUAUAAAAAUCAACAUGUGUAUCCUUACACAUACCAAGGUGGUUACUUCUACCGACACAAAAUGUACAAAGAAGCAUUUGGAAGUUGGGCUAAUGCUGCUGAUGUUAUUAGAUUAUAUAACUACUCUCGGGAUGAUGAAGAAAUUUACAAAGAAUUUUUGGAAAUUGCUAAUGAAUUAAUUCCACACAUUAUGAAAGUUGUUAGCUCGGGGCAUAGUGCUCACUCCAUCCUUAAGGAUCCUGAAUGUUUUGCGCAUCUUCUUCGCUUCUAUGAUGGUAUAUGUCAGUGGGAAGAGGGAAGUUCUACACCAGUGCUGCAUAUUGGUUGGGCAAAACCUCUCGUUAACACGAUUUCAAAGUUCGAUGCCGAUGUUCGUGCCCAGGUAGUCAUAGAAUGCCGUGGCAAUGAAUUUAGUGAGAGAUUUGAAGGAGCCAUUGCUGAAUGUGGAACUCAUCAGAAAGAUGACAUAGAGAAGAAGGAGCUACUUCUUAGCCUACUCAAAGAGGAACUCAGUUCUACAGAUGAAGAAGUAUUGUGUAAUAACAAAAACAGCAGGGAUGACGAUGCAGCUGCCGACCCAAAGUACCUGAAUAACAAGUAUCUUAACAACAAUAAUUAUUGCAAAACGAGGGAGGGAGGUGGAAGUGACAGUACACAGGAUAUUAUACGAAGCCUAGAAUCAAGAGUUAUCGGGGAAGAUGCGGGAAAACAGAAGCUACAAGGAGGUGAUGAGGCAUUGGCCCCUCACCCAAGCAUUGCUGCCCUCACAGCUGCGUGUGGUGAGAAGAUACUUAACCCAGAGUAUCUCCUGCAGGGUGGGGGUGAACCCUUCGUAGGGGCAGGCAGCAGCAUUUCAGAAUCUACAGUAACAACAACACUAACGUCGAAUGGAGCACAUGAUCCUGGUCCAUCAAAACAGAAUGCAUCCCUUGGCAGUGGAGACAGUAAGAUUCAAGACCAGCCUGAGCUGAAAUCUCCAGGGAGGCCAAGGCUCACGUUGCGGAGCCAGAAGAUGAAGGGUCUCAAAGAUCUCUUACUGGCAGAAAAAUUGAACACUCAUGCCAUUUCAUUGCAACUCACAGCACAAUCCCAGGUGCAGGUUAGUAAGAAGGGUCGAGGAGGUUUAGAACCUGAUAUAGCAGCUAUGGGGAUAAGAGCAAAAAGGGCACGAAGGGAUUAGAGGAAUUGGGUUUUGAGAUGGUUCAGUUCAUUGUAGCUUAUCAUGCAGUCCCAUCUUAACUAAAAGAGGAAGCAGGAAGGGUUUCUGAUCCAUACUUGUGUGUUUACCAGUGGUGAUUCAUUUGGAUGGCACUACACGCAGUAAUAUUCAUUCUGUGAAGACUGCAAGAAAUUGUUGUCUUCUGGCAUGUAUAGAGUGUUGCAUGUUUAAAUGCUGUCAUAAUCUCUCAACUUGGGAACUGAGUGACACAAGUAUCAAUAUAAUGUGCAAGAAAUGUACAAACUGAGUUAAUUACGAUAUUUUCCAGAGUAUAAGAUGCAUCCAGCUUUAGGGAAAAGACCUGUUGGGAUAAUAAGAUGAACAUCAGUUUUAGGCAGUACUUCCCAGGAAAACAUACCUCCUAUACUUUAGAAUAUUAUGCUGUACAGUUUGUCACAACCGUAACAAUAUAUCACUAGUUGUAAAAGGUCUCGUACUGUGAUUGUACAUUUAAGCUAGUCAGCUUAAGGUUGGUUAGUGAUCAAUUUCAUUACCAGCGAUUGGUCACCCCCAUUUUUCUCCCAGCAAAGUUUAUUAUUAUUAUUAUUAUUAUUUCCAUGUCACUCAGUACCUAAGAUGCUGUCAUGAAUGUCUUGUCUCAUCACUUAACAGUUACUGUAUUAAUUGCACACUAGAUGGACCCCUGUGAACUGUGGGCUUUCUGAUGAUUGCAGUGAGAAGGGACUUCAAGAUAUGCCACAACAGAACCAUAGUACCACCAUGAAAUCCAAAGAGUACUAUAAAACCUUGCCUAAAAUACCAGUACAGUAUAUCGUACUCUUCCUCAGAAAGUCCUAACACUUUAUUUUUAUCAUAGAUACUGUAAAAAGAAAUGUUUUUCUAGUAAGGGAAUGGCGAGAGAGUACAAAUCUGAUUUUUAAAAGAGAACUCAUCAAAAGUAUUUACGUAUCUAUAUUUUAUUAACUUUAUGAUUGUUACGUAAAAGGCUUGACUUCUCUGUAAUAAGAGGUGUACAUGUAAAUUUAACCGGGAUGUGUUGGUGGAUUGUUGGUUUUGAUAUGUUAAUCUUGUGUCAGUUUUUGUAAAGUUUCGGUGUCUUUGUAGUUUUAAGCAUUUUUUUUUUCCUCCUUUGAAGCUUAUUUUAUGAUAUUAGAUUGGGAACAGUGUGCUUAAGUCCUAAAAGGACUUUACUGUUGUUGGUUCCAGUUAAAUUUACAUCUAAUGUACAGUGUCAUCCCAACCAGUAUUAUAUUUUUGGGGAAGAGUUUAUGAAGUGUGUUAGGCCAUGUUUAAAAACAUGUUAAUAACUUCACUUGUUGGGCUUGAUAUUUCAGUCAUUGUGUUGUUGGCUAUUAGGAAGAGAAUUUCCUAAGUCAUACGUAGAGAUGUGGAUUCCUGUAUUCAGAAGACCUAAAACACGUGAUAAAAACUCUAUUCCUAAGAAGGGUAAUACAUACAGCUCGCUCAGAGUUAAAUUACAAUAAUAAUGUUUAGCAUUUAGAGCAGUGUGAAGAAAAGUCUUAACAUAGUUAUAUGUUCUCUUUCAUGGUUAUUAUUAUGUUUGCUGCUGAACACGUCAGAAGAAUUUAGUUCUGCAGGUUCGUAUGUUCUGUAGAAUGCAAGUCUAGCACGUGUAAUUUUUAUGCUUUCAGCACACAGUGGAACACUACUAACUUAUUAACACCUGUAAAUGCUUUACUCUCGAAGAUGAGUAAACUCAGACCAGAUGUUUUAGGAAAAGAAAAUUCUUUUGUUGGUAUUGUUAUAUAAUGUAACUGUAAGAAAUAAGGCAUAAAGUGAUGUACUCCAUAGGCUGUUUCUAUCUUUUCUAACAUUCCAGAUGUGCAGUUUUUAUUAUUUCCUCAUUCCUAUGUAUAUGAAAUAAAUUUUAUCUGUAUUUAAUUUCAGUUUAUUUUGUAACUAAGUGACUGAUAUUUGCCAUUUUUAUUCAGUUUAAAUAGUUUUUACAAUUCAAUUUUGAUUAAAAAUCAUAUAUAAAAAUUAAUUUCGUCAACCUUUAUUAAGAAGUAUGGAGAGGAAAUGUGAUGACAAAUACUCGUAGUGUAUGAGGAAAUUCCAUCUGUGUAUGCCACACUUCCAGUAUUGUUUGUAAACAUAACUUACACAUCAUCACAUUUACCGAGUGUUAAUUUUUAUACCUUAAUUUUAAGGGGGUGGAGAUAAGGGGACUUCUUAUUGAAUGGAGGUCCUUCAGUUUUAUUUCUUGGUAAUUGAUGUUAGAGUUCAGCUUAGUUUCUCGUAAUAUUUUAACAAAGGAUGGUCUCUGUUCACAAAACCAUCACAUAAAUGACUCAAGUCACAUGAGCAUGAUUGAUAAUUGAGAUGAAUAUUUAUAAAUAUAACGAAUACUCCCCUACCAGAAAUAAUAUAUAUGUAGCCUCAGUAGAGCAUGGAAUAGGUUGGAAGGAGUUAAGGAAUUCUAAACCAGAUUUUCCCUGAAAAUGAAUUUCAUGAGUCAUUCUUUAGAAAGGAACUAGGGCAGUUCAUAUUUAAUAAGAAAUCAUUUGCUGGAGUGUAUGAAAGGAAACGAGAAAACAGAUGUUCAUAGAAUUAAACAGUACAAUAAUGUGGAAUAUGUUUAUCUUAAAGAUGUGAUAUCAAGGUGAGUGUUCAAACCUAACAUUGAUUUCAUUGAAUUUCUCUUCACUGAGCACCCAGUAUUUUAAGUAGUGAGUGUGGAAGGAAAGGUCCAUGUUUUCUAGACCUUGGCACUUACAGGGAGUGAUGCCUGUACCAGAAAUUGAACCCUGGUCAUCCAACCUUUAACCCAACAUUUGUUACUGUCUAUGGUAUUAUGGCUCAUGUCUGUUAGGUCACAAUUAAAAAUACGUAUCAUGUGACAUUAUUUUGGGGGCACACAGUAGCGUAGUUGGUUGAGGCACUAUGCUACAAGCCAGGUCAUCACAGGUUCAAGUCCUG